AUGCAUGUUUAUUCUAUUCGACACAGGAGAAGUUUGGAACAUUUUGCUACUUCACUUCAGAAUGCGGUUUCAUCAGUGGAACCUGAAAAUGGUGGAGGUGAAUUAACCAUUAAAUUGCCAAAGGAAUCGCAGAAGUUUGUUUCAGAAAAGAAAAAAUUUCGCUUAAGUAUCGAGUUCUCAUUGGAACAUCCAAAAGGAGGAAUUCAAUUUGUUCUACCUACUGGAAAUGGAAGCGUUGACGAGGUGCACUAUUAUCGCUCUAUAGUUUGUAGAAUAUGACAUGAUUUUCAUCCUUAUCUAAAAGACAAACUUGAGUUUGAAUUUUCUUGAAUUUUCUUAAAGACCAUGUAAAGUCCGUUCAGCGCAUACGUUCUGCGCAGGCUUACAUUCCAAUGGUCGGGACCCGACCGUUGAAAUGUUAUUAAUAUUUCGUAUCUUUUGAACUUUCUGAAUUGAAUCUCUAGUCUGUAUUCAUUUUCAAGCAUAGCGAACCAAAAGAGUGUUAAAAUUCAGUAUAAUAUAUAUCUAAUCAUAUUUUACAACUGUAGCACUGAGUUCAAAAUGUAAACAAAGCGUUUGUUUACAUUACGGACUUUACGUGGUCUUUAAAUUAAAUUCACCUGAUGACUGUGGUAAGCCUCGUCUUGUCAUACGAAACAAAUUUGUAGUGAAAUAAUGUUCAUAUGAAGUAACUCAAGUUUGUCUUCUAAUAUUAUUAGCUCUACUACGGUAUUGAGCACUUUACUCAUAUAUGAUUCCAAACUCGAUACUUGUGUAUAAUAAAAUCCCAUGCAUUUUGCCGGGUUUGCUACUGAAUUGGGUAAAAUAGGUGAAAAUCAUGGGAAUUCGUAAAUUAUAAAUCUCUUUUUUACGCAAAAACACAACAGUUUGUGUAGCAACCGUGAGGAGUGACGGAAGUAUGAAUUAAUACAUAUUGUACGCAAAUCCAUCGUGCUUUUCGCGCUAAGCGUUCGAGGGUUUUGAGAGGACAACCUCAAUUAAAUUAGCUGUAUUUUUUUGGAGUGGAAGAGUGAAGUUUCUUUCGGCACACAAAAUACACAAGUAAAAUUCCUCACUUUUUGCUGCAGAAAGAUGUAAAUUGUAAGACGGAAUUAAUCGGAAAACCAGGUUUGAAUCCCAAUCAUUGUACUCUUCUCAUGGAAAAAGUGUUUUUCUCUCACAUUUUUGCUCAAAGACAAUCUUGGACUGAAUUUUUCUCACUUCUCAGAACUAUCCUUAGUCCUUUUGAAAGCUGGCCUGUUGUACCAAUUUCCGGCACAAGUUGAUUAGCGUAGAUUAUGUUUGAGACUGGGAAAUCUACACAAGAAAAUAAAUCAAUCUUGCAUGGGUACCAUGUCGAGCUAGGAGAUUAGCGCAUGUGGCUUAGCUAAUGCGACGCACAUAUCGAGCUGCGAUCAGGAGAAAAAUAAGCGAUAACUGGCUAAAAUUUUGAUGUUUUAAUAUUCUGUAUAUUGUUUAUAAUUACUAUUAUGAGUUAUGCGCACUCGCAUCCCCAUCUUGUCCCAAAUUCCCGGCAAUGACUGUGUACCAUCUUUUUUUAUAGAAAUCCGCUCACAUGUUCACAUACAACCACGGAAAUACAUCCAGG